AUGUUGCUAUCAUCGCGUGCGACAAGAAUACUCGAGGAGGUUAAGAAUGGAUGCUGUAUGCUUUAUGGUGCAGAGUAUUUCACUGAAGAUGAAUGGGUGAAAAUAGACGCGUUACUGCACAAGGGAAAAUAUGUUUUUACAAACGGCCCACAAAAACAGUUGCAAGAUGCGUACGAACCCUCGGAAUCUCAACAGCUCGUGAGGAUCGAAGACAAAGCCGUAUCCGAACCUCCCAGCAGCACUCAAGCUGGUCUUCAAGGGUAUGAUGGACCUUCUGAGGAUGAACCAAAAUCUGACGCCUUGGUCACACUGACUAACAAAGGGCAUGGAAAUUUUUCGGGGUCACCAUCAGAUGCAACUUGCUUCCAUUGCCAGGCUCGUCCUCAGCUCCCCGAAAAUGAGACUCGUGCCAAACUGCCCAAGCCAAAAUUUGAUCCUUCCGCAGCGGAAUUUGUGCGCAGUUAUGAGCCAAAGAAGGAGGAAUCUACACAACGUGUAUCAACAAGAGCGAGUGACGAACCGAGAAUAAUCCUUACUAGAAGUAUGGCCAGUUCUGGUACUCAGUCAUUGCCUGUCGGCUCACGAUCUAAGAAGCCAGCAUCUGGCGUCCAAGCAGGCAAGUCUUAUAAAGCCAUCAAAGAUUUUCAACCACCGCCUGAGGCACCUGGCGGGAUCCCAAUAUCUUGUGGUGAUAAAAUUAGGGUCAAAAAACCUAUUGGUACCAAUCUUUGUCUGGGGUUGAAUACCAGAACUGGACUAUUUGGUAGCUUUCCUGUGUCUGCGAUCUUAGAGGACGAUAAGACAAGCAGCAAGAAAACGGAUCAUGGUAGCCCAGCUGUGAAAAAAACUGGCGGCUUUUCGAUGGAUGAUUAUGAUAACAGAAAAACGGCUGAAUGGGAGGAUGAAGACGAAGACGACAUCUUACCACCACCGACUGAGCCACAGAAUACCUCGAACAGUGUCGAAGGAACGAACCAGAUAGAAGGCCCGGAUCGUUCUGAACCUGCUGCUUCGGCUAAUAGUGACCGCGAGAUCAAUAGUGAGAGUGACAGCGAGAGCGCUGGAAUGGAGUCAAGAGUCUCUAGUCUAAAUACAGACCAUGAUGAAGAAGUUGCCAAUGAGCAGAAGCCGGACGAUGCGGACUAUGAAAAUAAGGAACUACAAAUGACCAAAUAUCGUCCCAACAGGUCAUAUAACAGUUCCCCUAAACCUGGAAAAUUUAUGACCACCCGGGACAGACUUCGCAUAGAACCUCAUGAAAUUGUCGUUCCAAAGACUGAAGUCUGUUAUUACUGGGAUAGUCCCAAGGGCUGUCGCUUCCCCGAAGCGCAAUGUCGUGAUCUGCACGAACAUCGCGAGUACACCCUCCAGACGAACAUACGAAACGGCAAAAUCAACCCCGGCGUUCUCUUCGAUGUCGUUUAUGCGAUUCCCUCCCCGGAGCCUGGCAAGCAGCAUCAGCCCGCCGACCCGAGUACCACCGUCGGAAAACGUUUCACGUGCUUCUUUUGGCACAGCCACGCUUCGUCCGAGAGUACCAGGAAGUGUCUCAAUUCUGCGGCGGCGUGUCAAUUCCUUCAUACCUAUGUCGGAAGCGAGGGUAUCUUAUAUAAGGAAGUGCAAAUCCAAGCCUUUAAGAAUCGGAACAGGAAGCCAGUGGCUAAACAGCCGCUUUCACCUCCUUCCGAGGCUGCGGACGGUCAGGGAUGGGGUUCGGCUGAAGACGCGUCUCCUGCUUUAGAUUGGUAG